AUGGAACAAGAAGAGUUAACUGCAAAAGAAAAUUGUAAAAAUUUAGAAAAUCGAUUAAGGAUGCAGGCCGAGAAAGAACUGAAUGAAGAUGUGAAGCAUUACCAGAUCAAUGUACCAUCGUCGUCUACUGCUGUUUCACAAAAAUCUGCCACCUGGUCAAAUGAGGAAAGAUGGAAAAUUUUGUUUGCAUUUCAAAGAUAUGGAAGAAAUUUCCGAGCAAUCGCAGAAGUGCUUGAAACCAAGAGUAUCGAUCAAAUCAAAGGUUUUUAUUUAACAAUGCAAACUGAAAUUGAUAGCAUCGAAAAUUCGAUGUUUAUACUUUUGGGAUUUCAGAUGGUUAACGAAUGCAUGCUUUAUUAUGAAGAAUUGGCCAACAAAUGUGAUCCUUAUAGAAAAAGACUGGUAUAG